ACAGAGGGAGGACAUGGUUGAGAAUUAAAAGUCAACACCUUUGGAAUAAAAUUAAUAUUGGACGGCUUCAGCCCAGGCAUGAAGGCAUUUUUUACAAGACUUACGUGUUGUUGUAUUUUGUCAACACAUCAGUGAAAGUACUGAAAAUAGAAACUUGAAGUUUAUCUUGGGACAAAAAAACAAAUUGAAAAAGUUAAUAAUCUUCGCUUACCUUCAAAAUGAUGAAGCUGUUUUUCUUCAAAAUCAUCUCAGACAAGUUGCUGCUGGGCUUCUUCCUGUGUCUGCUUUGGUGUGUCACAGAUUCCAACACAACAUCAUCACCAGCACCAACUCCGACAACAGCCCCGACACCGACAACAGCCCCGACACCGACAGCAGCCCCGACACCGACAACAGCCCCGACACCGACAACAGCCCCGACACCGACAACAGCCCCGACACCGACAACAGCCCCGACACCGACAACAGCCCCGACACCGACAGCAGCCCCGACACCGACAACAGCCACGACACCGACAACAGCCCCGACACCGACAACAGCCCCGACACCGACAACAGCCCCGACACCGACAACAGCCCCGACACCGACAACAGCCCCGACACCGACAACAGCCCCGACACCGACAACAGCCACGACACCGACUCCGACAACAGCCACGACUCCGACAACAGCCCCGGCACCGACAACAGCCCCGGCACCGACAACAGCCCCAACACCGACAACAGCCACGACACCGACUCCGACAACAGCCACGACUCCGACAACAGCCCCGGCACCGACAACAGCCCCGACACCGACAACAGCCCGGACACCGACAACAGCCCCGACACCGACAACAGCCACGACACCAACAACAGCCCCGACACCGACAACAGCCACGACACCGACAACAGCCCCGACACCGACAACAGCUACGACACCGACUCCGACAACAGCCACGACUCCGACAACAGCCCCGGCACCGACAACAGCCCCGACACCGACAACAGCCACGACACCGACUCCGACAACAGCCACGACUCCGACAACAGCCCCGGCACCGACAACAGCCCCGACACCGACAACAGCCCCGACACCGACAACAGCCAUGACACCGACAACAGCCCCGACACCGACAACAGCCACGACACCGACAACAGCCACGACACCGACAACAAUUUCAACUACAAUUAAACCCCCUGAUGACGUAGAGGAAGUUACCGUGAAGAUUCAAGAUGAGACAAGUAUAACUCUGAUGUGGAACAAAGUCAACAACAUCCCGACAUAUUUCCUAAAAUAUGACGACAAAGACGGUGCCAAGGAGAAAUAUAUCAAUCAAACCAAUGGAGAGCAAGCUGUUGUAAAGGAGGUCUCUCAUCUGACAGCUGGGACAGUAUAUCAUUUCACUGUCAUCACUAUAUCAGAUGGACUCAACAGCAGUGGAAAAUCAGUUGAAACGUUCACCCGGCCUCGUAACGCAGACAAUUUCAAGUCCAUUGAGGAAACUGAGAGGAGUAUAACUCUACAGUGGGAGAAAGUGGAAAACAAUGACUAUCUAAUUAAGUAUGGUUCAAAUGAGGAACCAUUCACCGUGUUAGAUGAAAACCCAGUGAAAAGGAAAAUCUCAGGUCUUACAACUAUGACCGAAUACAACUUCACCCUCUUCACUGUGUUUAAAAAUACCAAAAGCAGAGGAGUACACAUCAUUGCAUUCACUGCUCCUCCCAACCCAGGGGACUUCAAAUCAGUGCAACAAAACGAGACCAGCAUCACUCUGCAGUGGGAAAAAGUUAAUGACAUCCUCAAUUAUAAACUUAAGUAUAAUGAAACGGAGAUAAACGUUACAGCUGAGGGACUAGUUUCAGAGCAAUACACAAUCUCUGGUCUUACAAGUGGGACUAAAUACCAGUUCAGUCUGUUUGCAGUGUUUGAAAAUGUCCAAAGCAGUGGAGUAGGAGUGUCUGCAGUCACAGCCCCUCCUAACACAGAAGCGAUAACAGUAGUUGGACAAAAUGAGACCAGCAUCACUCUGCAGUGGACCAAAGUUAAUGACAUGCUCAAUUAUACACUUGUGUUUGAUGGAUCUGAGAUACACAUCCCUGCAUCAGAGGGAAAUCUAACAACAGUUUCAAAUCUCACCAGUAUGACUAGAUACAACUUCACUCUCUUCACUGUGUUUGAAAAUGUCCGAAGCAGUGGAGUAAACAUCUCAGCGGUCACUGCACCUCCAAACACAGAAGAACUUAUAUCAGUUGAACAAACAGAGACCAACAUUACUCUGCGGUGGAAAAAAGUGGAAAACAUCCUCAACUAUGUACUUGUGCACAAUCAACUUGAGGAAAACGUCACAGCAUCAAAAGACCAAGAGUUUGUGACCAAAACAAUCAUUGGACUUAUGAGCGGGACUAAAUAUGAUUUCAGUCUCUUUGCUCUGUUUCAUGAUGUCAGAAGCAGCGGACUUAACUACACUGCAGCCACGGUUCCCUCCCCAGUGGCUUUAGUGAACGUGACUGAACGCUCUGUGGACAGAAUAACCCUUGUGUGGGAGAAUGUGAGGAAAGACUGGACCUACUCUCUCCAGAUAAAUGGGGAAGAUCACCAUCCAGAAGUACUCGAGGAUGUGGUGUUAAAAGAAAUCCUCCAUCUCAAGCCUGGCACAGAGUAUACAUUCAGGGUGACCACAAAGUUCUUUGGACACAACAGCUCUGCUUUUGAAGACUUCACAGUGACAACCAUAGACUGUGCAGCUGUAGACUGGAAAGUUACGAACUCAUCGAUCACAGGAACGGUUGAAGGCUUGUUCUCAAAUGCAACGGCAUCUAACAAAUCACACAGUCAUGUCAGUCCCAAAGGUAGCACUGUGUCGUUUACUGGCCUUUACCCUGGAGCGACCUACAAGCUAUUUCUGGUAUAUGAAAAACAAUCCAGAACCUUUGAACAGUGUAAACACACACUGACAAUCACUCCUCCAGAUUUAAGUGCUCACUGUGAGUACUUGGCGGCUGGAUAUUCAAUACAUAUCAGCUGGAACAGACCAGCUGGACUGUGGACCGCAGUGGAGGUGAACGUGGCGGAGAAAACUCACAUAGUGAAUAACAUGGUGGAACAUCAAGUCCAAAUAUCUGAAUUCAAACCUACCAAAACAUACAAGGUGUCUGUUGCAGCACUGUCUGGAGAUUUAAGGAGUUCUACACCUUUUGUUUUUUCAUGUCAAACUGAUCCGAGGGGAGUUAUUGCAGGGUCUGUAAUGGGUGUGCUACUUUUUGCUGUUCUGGUCUGUAUGGCUGCAUUCAUUCUGUUGAAAAGACCAGAUAUUAUCAGGAGAAACAAAACAUUCAUUGGUGGUCCCACAGAAAAGGAUGAAAAGCCUAUAACUGUUCCUGUGGAAAAGUUUCCAGACCACUUCUACCAGUUAAGUGUGGAUGACAACAGAGGUUUCAGCCAGGAAUAUGAGAGCCUCAUGCCUGUUGGUACAGAGCAGACACGUAAGGAAGCUAAUCUUCUUGACAACAAACCGAGGAAUCGCUUCAACAACGUCCUGCCAUACGACUGGUGUCGGGUGAAGCUCACUUCAUCAGAUGCCAAUGAAACAUCUGGCUACAUUAAUGCCAAUUACAUGCCUGGCUACAACAGCAGCAGAGAGUACAUUGCCACUCAGGGCCCUCUGCCCUCCACAGUCAAUGAUUUCUGGAGAAUGAUCUGGGAACAGAGAGUGAAAGGUAUUGUCAUGGUAACCAACUGCAAAGAGAGCGGAAAGACUAAGUGUGAACAAUACUGGCCUGGAGACAGCAAACCUCACAUGUAUGGAGAGCUGGUGGUCACCAUCAGAUAUGAGCAGAAGGAGCUUUUCUGGAUAUUAAGGGAAUUUACAGUAAAACAUAAGAACAGCUCAGAGGAACGCACAGUGAAACAUUUUCACUUCACCGCCUGGCCUGAUCAUGGAGUUCCACAGGGCACAGAGGUCCUGAUCCGGUUCAGAGGACUGGUGAGACAGCACAUAGAGAGAGAAGGGACUGGAGCACCUACUGUGGUCCACUGCAGUGCCGGAGUAGGGAGGACAGGCACCAUUAUUGCCCUGGAUGUCAUGCUUCAGCAGCUUGAGAAAGAGAGGGCCGUUAGCAUCAACGCUUUCGUGUACAAGAUGAGGCUGAGUCGACCACACAUGGUGCAAACAAAGUCUCAGUAUGUUUUCUUGCACCAGUGCAUCAUGGACAGUCUGCAGGAAAACGAGAGGACUGCAGAGGACAUAUAUGAGAAUGAUGACAUGAUAUAUGCCAAUGCCACUGCACUCCUGCAGUUUCACACAAGUAGCAACGCUUAACUAUAUUGUUGUCUUUUGUGCAACUCAUUUAAAAGCUAAUGUCAAAUCCUACAUGCAAAGUUUGGUUUGAAAUUUUAAAUGACAAAAGUUUAUGUUGUAUAUUUACUGUAAAUGGAUAGCACACUUAAGAUUUUAAUUUGUUUUCUUGUCACCUCUUUAAUGUGUAAUAUUAGAAUGACUAUCAUGUGGGUGAAAAACACUCCUGAGGACAGAAGAAUGUUUUAAAAUUACAUUCAGAAACAAUGAUCUCAACUUGUACAAGACAUGAAAUAUUUUUUAUUAGAAAAAAAUAAAAUAAAUAAAUAGUACAGA